AUGGCGGCCCUCAUUUAUCUUGUACCCCUGUGCUCUCUGGCACUGGUGGUCGCACUCAAGGUUCUGUCUCGUGUCUAUCAAGCCCUCUUCUCUCCCCUCAAGAAUGUCCCCGGACCUACUCUAGCGCGCUUCACCGAUUUAUGGUACCUUAAUCGAGUAUCGCGAGGACACUUUGAACGCGACAACAUCAAUCUUCAUCGUCAAUACGGUCCCAUCGUUCGCUAUGGACCCAAUCGAUAUAGCUUCAACCACCCCGAGGCAGCUCAGAUCAUUUACGGUGUUGGCAAAGCUGACAAGUUUGCCAAGUCCUCCUUCUAUCGGGCAUUCACUACUCCCGACCCUAACCAGCCGUCUAUCUUUGCCCAUGAGAACAUCAAGGAACACUCUCAGUUGCGAAGGCUCUACCAGAGCACCCAUGCCAUGUCGGCGUUGAUCUCAUAUGAAGACUUUGUGGACGAAUGUGCCAAUCUGUUCGAUCAGAGACUCCGAGAGAUGGCUGCGGACCCAAACUCUACAGAGAGCAAACCGUUGGUCGAUAUGGGUCACUGGUUCCAGUGCUAUGCCUUUGAUGUCAUCAGCAUGAUCACAUACUCGACAAGACUAGGCUUCCUCGAUCAAGGCAUGGAUAUAGCCGGCAUCAUGGCCUCCUUGGAAGGGUUCCUGGCCUACGCGUGCAGGGCUGGCAUCUUCUCCUGGAUUCAUCCCGCUUUAUUCGCCAUCCGUAACUGGUUUGCUGGAAAUUCUGGCACUGGGAUACAGUAUGUCAUCCAAUUUACGGAGCGAUGUAUGAAGGAGCACCAAUCCAAGCCCAAGAACCUAGACAUUGAGAAUGAAGACAUCCAACGGAUGGACUUUCUCUCCAAGUAUGUGGCCCGGCACCGAAAGGACCCAGAUACAUACGACGCUUGGUAUGUCCUUAGUGGAUGCGCAUCAAACAUGACGGCUGGAUCAGACACCACGGGCAUCAGUCUCUCUGCGAUUCUAUUCUUUCUCAUGAAGAACCCAGAAGUAACUCAGAAGCUCCGACAAGAAAUUGAGCAACACCAGCAGCGAGCAGCAGACCCCAGGCACUUUAGUUUCAAGGAGACUCAGGACAUGGAGUAUCUCCAAGCUGUGCUGAAGGAGGGCUUGAGGCUGCAUCCUGCAACAGGGCAGCCUUUGGAACGAGUGGUUCCCAAAGGCGGCGCAAUGAUUGCUGGGCAAUUCUUUCCAGAAGGGACGAUUGUGGGCGUCAACACUUGGGUAGAGCACGUCAACUCGACAAUCUUUGGUCCUGACGCAGAUGUAUUCCGCCCUGAGCGCUGGUUAGAAGGCGACAAGCAAAAGAUAGAUGCCAUGAACCGUCACUGGAUGCCGUUUGGCAUGGGCGCAAGAACAUGCAUUGGGAGACAUAUUUCUACUAUGGAGAUAUCCAAGUUGAUACCACGAAUUAUUCGUGACUUUGACUUUUCGUUCCCUAAUAAUAACUUUAACGUGGCGGAGUUGGAGACUCUGAACUACUGGUUUGUCAAGCCGAAGGGAUUCAAGGUGUAUAUCAAGGCUCGCAAAUAG